GGGAUUUUUUUUUUUUUUCCUCCUUUUCAAUCCAUGGGAAGCCAAUUGAAGAAGAGUUAUGAUGUUUUCCUGAGUUUUCGAGGGGAAGACACUAGUCGCAGAAAAACAUUUACAGAUCACCUCUACGCCGCUUUGUCCAAUACCGGAUUCAAAACCUUCUACGACCAGGAUCUGGCAGUUGGAACAGCCAUCAACGAAGAAUCAGCGGAUGAAAAAGAAUCGUCAUCAACAUCAGUAUUUGAAAAAGCAAUCAAAGAAUCUCUAGUUGCUAUUAUUGUGUUCACCAAAAUCUAUGCAGCUGGCUCUUCGUGGUGUCUCGAUGAGCUUACCGAGAUUAUGAAAUCGAAACAUUCUAAUUCCAAUUCAAACGGGGCGGUGGUUUUUCCAAUCUAUGAUUAUGAUGUGAGUCCACAGCAGGUGAUCGGUAGGUACCGUCAAACGCACCAGAAGACUAAGGACGACUUUUGGUUGAACCAGCUUUCUUCUGCGUCUUCUUCUAAGUACCAAUUGCAACCUGGGUCUGAAGCUGUAUUCAUCCAGACAAUCGUCAAAGAUGUUGUCGCCUUAUCCAACCCAACCACCACCCCCUUGAACGUCCCUUCCUACUCUGUAGGCAUCCAAUCUCGACUCCGAGAUGUUGACAUCUGGUUAAAAGAUGCUUCUACUGAUGCUAGGCUCGGAGUCAUUUCUGGCAUGGGAGGCAUCGGCAAGACCGCUCUUGCCCAAGUUGCUUACAACAUCAAUCUCUCACAUUUCGAUGCUACCAGCUUUCUCCCAAAUAUAAGACUAUCUUCUCAACUAGAUUCUGCCCGAACCCAGCUCCUUGCAGACAUCCACAAGGGCGGCAUGGAUCAGGAUCCCCUACGCCCUAAAAGGGUCCUCGUUGUUCUUGACGAUCUACUGCUGCCUGAUCAGCUCGAUGCCUUGGUGCCACGGCCCGACCUAUUUCCCAGAGGAAGUAAGAUCAUCGUAACCACACGCUCCGAGGGACUGCUAGAUCAUCUCAGCCAUACAUGCUUCAGGAUCAAACCCUUGGAUUUUCACGAAUCUCUUCGCCUCUUCUCUCUGCACGCCUUUUCACAAGAUCUUCCUUUCCACGACCACUUGGAACUCUCACAAAGGCUUGUACAACAUUGUGAAGGCCGCCCCUUAGCCCUCGAGGUCUUGGGCUCUACCCUGUUUGGCAAACCCUUGCCUUUGUGGGAAACCGCUUUAAAAGAGCUGGAAGCAAUCGCGGAUGGACGGACCCGCAAAGCAUUUCAGGCUCCCGACCGCACCUCAUCUCAUACCACGACUCAGUCUGAAACCCUCACAACUGAAAAAUCUCUACUCUUCAAGAAAGAAGCACUUGGAAAACGCAAGCGUCUGGAUGAUUAUGAUGAUGUAUCAACGCCAACAGCCGAAAAAACGCCAAGAGUGUUCAAGCGUUUGUUGCGUGGCCUCUUCUCCUGGUUAAAGCCAGCUACUUCCUCGGCAAAAGUCCCCUCGGAGCAGGGCAGUAGUUCUCUGUUGAUUUCUACCAUAAGAAAACAACUGGGAUGUGAAAGCAGAAACGCGGGUUCGCGAGUUCCCAGCCUUCUUGAUGAUGCUUCCACUGCUGCUGCUGCUACUGAUGAUCAUGAUGACGCCACUUCAAUGUAUAGCAGUGGCAGUUCAGAUGCUAGCUCGGCUAUGUUUGAUGCUGUUGCUGCUGCUGGAUGUGGGAAUUCUACUUCGGUGGCCAUGCCAAGCAAUGCUUCUGAAAUUCAAGACCUCCUACUUUCCGAGUCAAUAUUCAUACUAUCUGACAUCGUACUCUAUGUGGUACGAACAACUGCCAAUUUUAAAGCUGAAUUGGCGCAACUCCAACAUACUUUAGAGAGAAUAAUUCCAAUAGUUGAGGAUGCCAUAAAGGGGAAUCAGAAACUGAAUCGUACAGAGCAACAGUCGAAAAUGUUCUUAAAUGACAUACAGGAUGCUCAAAAACUUGUCUGCAAAUGCUUAAAAAUCAGGGGGAAUUUCAUCAAGAAGUUCACAGUUUCAUUGAAGCUAAAAGAUGUCAAUGACAAGCUGAGACGUUUCUUUCAAGUCGAAGUUCAAGCAGAUUGGAUGCAGGACAUCAAGCAGAUACUUGCAGAAGUGAGUGAUGUUAAGCAAAGACUAGAUGCUUUGUCUUCUGAUGUGAGGAAAGAAAUAGAAAGAUAUGAAUUAAGUGAAAGGGGAAAGUUGGGUUGGCGAGUUCCUGUCCUUCCUAAAAGCAUCGUGGUAUUUGAUGAACCAUUAAAAAAUCUGAAGGUGAAGAUUCUUUCUGACAUUGAAGACAUUGAUGCUGUAUCUCCUAGAAAUGGUAAUGAUGCUUCCAUCUAUAGAUCUAUUGUUGUUGUUGUCGCUGGUGGUGGAUGUGGUAAGACUACUUUAGUAACCAUGUUAUGCCAUGAUUCUGAAAUUCGAGCGAAAUUUGGGGCGAAUAUCUUCUUCGUGACAGUUUCAAAAGCACCCAACCUGAUGGUAAUUGUCAAUGAUCUUUUUAAUCCAAAUUCCUUCGGUCAACCAGUAUCAUUUCAAAGCAAUGAAGAUGCAAAGUAUAAGUUGAGGAACUUUAUGCGUGUGAAAGUCUCAACUCCGAUGCUUCUAGUAUUAGAUGAUGUGUGGUCUGAUUCGUUUCUCGAUAACUUUACAUUUAGUAACAAAGGAUGUAAAAUUCUUGUAACAUCAAGGACAGCCUUUUUGAAAUAUGACGUAUUUCACCUUGACCCUUUAAGCGAUGCAGAUGCCAAGACUCUCUUCUACCGUUCGGUACUUACUGAAAGCAAGAAGACUCCAAAAGCUACUAUUGAUGGGAAUCUUGUGAAUCAGAUGGUGGAAUGUUGUAAGAAACAUCCACUCACCCUUUUAGUGGUUGGCGGUUUCUUAAAAGGGAGGGAUGAGUUAUGGUGGAGAUAUGUGCUAAAAACAAUGUCUCUUGAUAUGAGGGUUCUAGAUCUGAAUAAUAAAGUACAUAUCUAUCUAGAAUUAAGCUAUCAGAACAUGGAUGAUGAACUGAAGGAAUGCUACUUGGACUUUGGGUUAUUCCCAGAAGAUCAACGGAUUUCUGCUAGAGCACUCCAAGAUAUGUGGGUGCAUCUAUACAACCAUGAUGAAGAGGGAUGUGAUACCCUUAAAAAACUCGUUGGUCUUUCUUUCAGAAAUCUUACCUCUAUUGGUCCUAGGAGUGAAUCGGGUGCAGUGGUCAACUAUUGUGACCAGCAAUUUGUUACACAACACGAUCUGCUGAGAGAGCUUGCUAUUCGUUUGAGUAGCAAAGCAGAAGUACCAGUUGCAGAGAGAAAAAGGUUGAUUAUACAUGCACAUGGAGAAGACCUGCCUGUAUCUAUUAGACAAGCUAAAAAGCCUAUGCAAGCCCUCGUAUUGUCAAUCUUCACAGGAGAGUGGUUCUCUUCAAAAUGGUGGAACAUGAAGGCCCCAUUUGCUAAAGUUAUGAUUUUGAAUUUCAUGUCACCGACCUACUCCUUACCCCCCUUCUUGAAGGAAAUGCCAAAAUUGGAAGUUUUACAUUUUAAAAACAAUGGUUCACAACCGACUGUCAUUGUGAAUUUAAACCAUCUCAGCCAUUUAUCCAAUCUAAAAAGAAUUAGGUUUGAACAUGUUACAAUACCCUCCAUAGGCACAUCCUUUUUAUCUUUGGUGAACUUGCAGCAAUUAUCAUUCAUAGAAUGCAAAAUAGGCAGUGCUUUUGAAAAUGUCAGCAGCAACAACUUGAAAUUCUUGCCGAGACUGGAUAAAAUCGAGAUAGAUUAUUGCCAAGACCUAGUGGAAUAUCCAGGUUUAAUGUGUAGCAGUGUCCAUCUUCAGAAGUUGAGCAUAACAAAUUGCAAGGAGUUGUGUUGGGUUCACGAAGACUUAAUCAAGUUGACUAGUUUGGAAACGCUGAGUCUUCGUUCUUGUAAGAAACUGAAAGAGUUGCCUGAAUCAUUAACAAGACUUGAAAAAUUAAGCAUCAUAGAUAUUUCUUAUUGUUUAAGGUUGAGUGAGUUGCCAAAACAGAUGGGAAAGCUAGGUGGUCUACGUACUAUUUAUAUGGAAGGUUGUACAAGAAUUAUUAAACUGCCAACAUCUAUACAAGAGAUAUCUCACAGACUUGUGGUUGUAUGCAAUGAAGAAAUAUCUUAUCUGUGGAAGGAUUUUUAUAAUGUGGAGAUAUAUCUUGUGGAAAAUGGCAGAAUAAAACUGCUACAAGGCAGGGGUCCUGUUCAAGCAUUCGUGCAGAAUAUGGAAAAGAUAGAUCCGAUGAAAAAAAAUAGUUUAGAAUUGCUGAAGGGCAGGAGGAAGGCCGUACAAAUAUUGGUGCAGAACAGUAAGAAGAUGGAUCCCCUCAAUGCAGAUAGCUUCAAAAUUUGUUAGUGUCUCAUCUGAUCAAACACUAUCACUUAGGUGUAUGUAUUCGCGAUCACAAUUUCAUGAACUUUGGUUAUUUUUCAUAUAUGUUUUAUGCUGUUGCUGAUUGCUUCGCCCAACUUUUUCAACUUUGAAUUCAAUGCAAUGUAAUGAAUAAAACGACAUUUUCAUA